GUUGCAUAAGACAGGGGUAGCUCUAGAAAUUGAAAAAAACAAUUUCGUAAGAUGAGCAAAGAGAUGCCUUUACAGUUUUUACCAUUUGCAUCAUCUGUGGAUACAGGAUUUUGGCACAAAUUUAGUCAGCUCAAGCUGGAUGUAUUGUGCCUGAAAGAAGAAGCUGUAUCUUUGACUGGAUACUUCAGUAACAGCGCUGCUUGUGGAAUGCCAGCUCUCUUCAAUGUGGACUCUGCAUCAUUUGAGAGAUCUCCCGGCGACCUUGCGUGUCCAGGCCUCCUGAUAAAUACGAAUACCAGGGAGGCGUUUAAGGGAUUUGACAAGGCUCGUCUCCUGCAAGAGCAUGGCCGCACCAUUCUGCGGGCAAUUACCGAUGGCACGGCUCUUGAGACACCGUGCCUGCUCAAUCCGUUCCUGCUGGUCACAUUUGCGGACCUAAAGAAGUAUGACUUCUUCUACUGGUUUGGAUUUCCUGCACUCAAACAGCCAUCUUCUGUAGCUGCACUGGAACCACCGCAGCAGCUGUCUGAGGCGUUGUCAGCUGGCCAGAUAGCGCAGCUGGAGUCGGCCGUGUCAGCCGCCGGCUCGCUGCUGCUGGCCUUCUGCGACCCCAGCGCCGACCCUCAGCACCCCGGCUGGCCGCUGCGCAACCUGCUGGUGCUCUACUGGCACCACUGGGGGCGAGAUCGGCCUGACGUCCGCGUGCUCUGCUGGCGAGACGUUACCCGCGGAGGAGCGCGCUCUGUCGAACACAGUCUGAUACUGAAGUUACGACUGUCGCAUGAAGAUGGCGGCGGCUCCGACGUGCCGCCGUCGGUGACCGGCUGGGAGCGAAACGAAAGAGGCAAGAUGGGCCCGCGCCUGGUUAACCUCAGCUCAAGCAUGGAGCCGACGUUGCUGGCGUCCAGCGCGGUGGACCUGAACCUGAAGCUGAUGCGGUGGCGUCUGGUGCCGGAGCUCGAGCUGGAGCGUAUGACCUCGGCUCGAUGUCUGCUUCUCGGAGCCGGCACGCUCGGCUGUAACGUGGCCAGGGCUCUGCUGGGCUGGGGUGUGCGGCACAUCACGCUGAUCGACAACGGCGUCGUCUCCUACUCCAACCCGGUGCGGCAGAGCCUGUUCACCUUCGAGGACUCGGUGCAGCGGCGGCCCAAGGCGGUGGCGGCGGCCGCCCGUCUGCGCGACAUCUUCCCGGGCGUGGUGUCGGAGGGUGUCGAGCUGUGCGUACCGAUGCCGGGCCAUCCGGUGGGCGCGGCCGAGGUCGGCCAGGUGGCGGCCGACGUGCACCGGCUGCGACAGCUCGUCACGGAGCACGACCUGCUCUUCCUGCUGAUGGACAGCCGAGAGAGCCGCUGGUUGCCGACCGUCAUGGGCGCCGCCCACCAGAAGGUGGUGAUCAACGCCGCGCUCGGCUUCGACUCUUACCUGGUGAUGCGACACGGCAGCCGGCCGCCGGGCGCCGCGCCGCCCGCCACCGACGGCGUCGACCGGCGCCAGCUCAUCCCCGGACACCAGCUCGGCUGCUACUUCUGCAACGACGUCGUGGCGCCGGGCAAUUCUGUUCACGACCGGACGCUGGACCAGCAGUGUACGGUGAGCCGGCCCGGAGUCAGCAUGGUGGCCGCCGGCCUGGCCGUGGAGCUGGCCGCCGCCCUGCUGCAGCAUCCCCAACGGGACGGCGCGCCGGUCAGCCCGCGGUCGGACGGCGCCGAGGCGGCCACUGCCGGCCCGCUCGGCUCGGUGCCUCACAGCGUGCGCGGCUUCCUGGGCCCGCUGCAGCAGCUGACGCCCGCCACGCUCGCCUUCCCCCGCUGCACCGCCUGCUCCGGCCCGGUGCUUGCAAAAUACCGAGAAGAGGGUGAGGAGUUUCUGCUGAAGGUUUUCAACCGGUCGGGCUAUCUGGAGGAUCUGACUGGCUUGACGGAGCUGCAGCAGCUCACUGAGGCCACAGAGCUGUGGGAGCUGGAUAACGAUCCGGACGACUUCUGAGUGGAGUGUACUGGCGGGUGGAGGACAGCGCCGGCGGACUCCGAGUCACGGGCAGACUCAGGGUCUCGGAGCGGACUCGGAGGCCCGGAAUAGACGCCGAGUCAUGGGGCUUUCACGUGGCCCACCGCAGACCAGGUAACAGUGUUGAAAUAGCCAGCC